GCCGGAGAGCUGCACCUGAACUGCGGAGAGCUUUUAUAAAGUGCGGUGCUGUUUUUAUUCGUACGUUAAUUUAUUGAGCUUCUUCCACCGGGUCGUGUCGCGGAUCUUGCGAAAAGCCCCGCGAAAAAUUCCUCCGUAAGUGCGAGUUCAGAACUUCCAAACCGAAGAAGAACAAAACCAAAACAAGUGUGUUCUCGAGUGCGUUGUAACAUCCACCAGAAAGAAGAUCCUGUUUCUGAUUUCGGGUGAAAAACCUGCUUUGGGAUAGUAGUUGGAUGUUGCGCCAGUGUUAGUGGUUUGAAAAUACGAUCAGAACUCGCCGCCUGCAGCCAGUCGUGAUCCGCAGGUCGGUCGGACAGGAACCGAAGAAUUUUCACAUCAAAAUCCCUGGCUGCUGGAUAUCAGCUGACUUCUAGCGCAGUGCAGGUGUUUGUCUACAUCGAUAGCCCGUAGACACACUACAAGUGAUACGCCGGUUGUAGUUGUUGUUUUUCCACGGAAGUGCAAAGGAUAAACUCGCAGUUGCGCAGUAGUAGCAGCAGUAGCAGCAGCAGCAGCAGUAGCCCCCGUUCGAGUGAUAGAAUCGGGUGAGCAGUGCAUACAAGCUUGACAGUUGUCUCGAAGAGUGAGGAUUCUUCUAACUUCGGUGGAAUUUUGUUUGCGAAUGUGCGUUCGAUUAGUGCAUUGAUUAGCGCGGGGAAACGAUAUACGGAAGAGGCAUUGGUGCUUCCAAGAGACUUGUAUGUUGUAUAAUCAAGCAAUUUGGCAGUUCGCGUGCUCCUAAUGUGAUAAUCAACGAAAGCCUUUAACCAGAAUCGAAUCGAGUUCUUCCACGUGUGUGAUACACGACAGCCUUAGAGUUACCAAAUGUCAAUUACUCGUAGUUAGCGUAAUUAUCAUAAACCGACUGAGCUAAGACGAGCCUGAAUCAGUCUUCGUCUUGCCAGAGAGCGAGAACACUUCCAAUUCAAAGGAAACUACCUUACCAGUGACCGCCAGUUACCAGCAUAACUCGCCCUCUCCCACUAAUUAAGUUUUCACCAGCCAACCAAAACAAAAGCAAAAAAACCAAAAUGUCGGCCACGAUGAAUACCUCCACGACGACCAACUACUGGGACUUCAUCUUCACCGAUCUGGCCGAUCCGCGGACGAACCACUGGCCGUUGAUUUCGUCGCCGGUGCCCGGCCUCACCAUCAUUGCCAGCUACCUGUACUUUGUGCUCAACUUCGGACCGAAGUACAUGGCCAACCGGAAGCCGUUCCAGAUGCAGAAGACGCUGGUCGUGUACAAUUUUAUCCAGGUUCUCGUCAGUAUUUUCCUGUUCUAUGAGGGUCUGGAUGGAGCCUGGCUACGGCACUACAGUUGGCGAUGCCAACCGGUGGAUUGGACCGAUAACCCCCAAUCAAUGCGGGUCGCCCGCGGUUGCUACGUGUACUUCCUGGCCAAGCUUUCCGAACUGCUCGAUACCGUGUUCUUCACGCUGCGGAAAAAGGACAGCCAGAUCAGCUUCCUACAUCUGUACCACCACACCGUGAUGCCAAUGAUUUCCUGGGGUGCCACCAAGUACUUCCCGGGCGGUCACGGAACUUUCAUAGGCGUCAUUAACUCGUUUGUGCAUAUCAUCAUGUAUACAUACUACAUGCUGGCUGCCAUCGGACCCCACCUACACAAGUACCUCUGGUGGAAGAAGUACAUCACUGAUCUGCAGAUGAUCCAGUUCGGAAUGGCCUUCAUGCACUCGGCCCAGCUUCUGUGGACGGACUGCGGCUACCCACGUUGGUCAGUUUGCUUCACCCUGCCCAAUGCCAUCUUCUUCUACAUGCUGUUCAACGAUUUCUACAAGAAGACCUAUGGCAUGCGGCGGGCAGCUCGGCUGGCGGCCACCCGAGCAAAGGCCGAGGAACUACGGAAAGCCAGGGCCGUUGAGGAAAGCCUGAAGGUACCCGCCCUCACCAAUGGAAAACUCGCCGACAAAGAACUGUAGAUAGUCCCCGGACGACGACUACGCGCAAUUGUUGUACGUAACAUGUGAACUGUGUAGAUGCCACCUUUGAAUAGCUAUUUCACAACCGUUGAUUCAUCGAACUUCCUAACCCUUCCCGUUCACCUUUCCCUUUGAAUUCCGUUCAUAGAACAAACUCCUGAAUUUUGCUCAUCGAAAUCAACCUUCAUAGGUACCAAGCCUACUCAUAAGUUAACUGAAAGUUGUGUGCGAGAACCUUCGUUUUGUAAGGACCGUGUUUUUUUUCCUAGCUGUGUAAGGUAAUUUUAAUUUGAAUCUAGUUGAAUGAAAGAGACCAUCUUUUAAACUGUUUUGUGGAAGAAUAAAUGAAUGACAAAAAUGAUAUAAGAACGAA